UCCUUUCUCUGCGCCUGCGCGUCGCUCGGUUGCGAGGGACGCACAUCGGCCGCGCGUCACAGAUCUGUCAAGGUUCCAUCCGUUUCGAUUUGACCCAAUAACCUCGAUAAUUGAUACAUAACUUUUCUAAACUAUGACAGACCCCCACCGGACCAACAUGUUGGUAACGUCUUGCUUGAAAACGCCGGUCGACCCGCACAAGAAGACCCCACUAGCGUUAUACGAGCGGCAGAGACUUCUGCCCCGCGCCGACGAGGAUAUGGACAAACGCGACUACGAGAAGGAGGAGAUGGAGUUCUCAGACACUGAGUACGAGGAGGAGGAGGAGGAGGAGGAGGAGGAAGAGGAGGAGGAGGAGCGGGAAGGGGUCAGUUUUGGGCCAGACUACAGAGCCCCCGGUAAGGGAGAUCACCCCCACCUGCGGGAGAUCUUCUUCUCCAACCAGGAGUACUACGGCAAGCUGGAGGAGCUGAAGCGGGCCCACCUGCGCACCAUGGCAGAGCUUGAGAACAUGUACCGCAAGAAGCUGCAGCUCAGCGGCCUGGCCCCCGAGCCGGACCCCCGGGACCCCGGCACGCAUAGCAGGUUCCUCGGUGCCGAUCUAAAUUCAGGGAUGUCAUGUGGGCUAAGAAAAACUUGCUCGGCCUUGGAGCUCCGCAGGGUCUCUGGUCCCUCGUCUGACGAAGACGAGGGGGCUGGGAACGAAGAGGAGGAAGGCCUGUGCUCCUCAACCAAGGAGCAAAUCAAGAACAUGUGGCUAGACUUCAAGCUCCACCCCCAACAUCGCCAUCCGUCCACAUCCUCCCUUCACAGUCUGCCGGCUGGGGGAGGCCGGAAGGGGAAGAAGGACAGCAAGGGGCGGAGCCACCAGGAGGAGGAGGACAAAAGGGAAGCAUGGCGACACCGUGUGACGGUCCCGCAGCCGUUCGCGAUGACCAGGCGUGAGGUGGAGCGACGGCAGAGUGGCGUUAAGACCCGCUCUGAGGUGGAGCUGGAGAACCUGGAGAUGCGGCGUCAGCUGGAGGAGCUCAGUGAGUGCCAGAAGACGUUCCGCGCCAGCCCCGUGCCCGCGCAUGUGCGCCUUGCCCUCUACGGGGAGCUGCAAGAGCAACCCAAGCGGAAGCGCACGGAGCAGCAGCGGGUCCAGAGCCUCCGCAUCGCCCCGAAGCCAUUCAGCUUCCUGGAACGGGAGCGGCGCCGCAAGGAGCAGCGGGAGCAGCAACAGCCCCAAACCUCCGCCCAGCAGGAUGUGAAGCCCUUCCGGGCCCAGCCGGUGCCCAGGGCGGUGUACGCGGCCGCGGCGGGGGAGCAAGCAAAGGAGGAGCAGCUGUACCGCUCCAUCAAGAUGCAGAUGAGGGCCAAGGAGAUGCUGCACAGCUCGGCCAUGCCGCCCAGCAUGCUGGCUCGCAGCCUCAGCCAAAGCAAGAAGGGCAAGGAGCCUGUUCCCGGCGAAGGGGACUUCUCACACAGGCCCAAGAUCAACGUGGACGUGCCCGACUUCGACGCCAAGCACCGCCUCUUCAGGAAGCACCUGGAAAGCCGCAAGGAGGUGCGGCCGGUCACCUCCUGCGAGCCCUUCACACUGAGGACUUCCCAGAUCGCCUCCAACCGCGACCGCGUCCUGGCCAGCAUGGAGAAGGAGCAGAGGAGUCCCAAGCCGACCCGCUGGCCCUACGUGUCGCCCCGGGCGCUCCACACGCCCACCUCCAGUCUCUGUUCCUCCCUUUCCGGGAGCCUGGAGCUCCUGCCAGCAAAGGUCACUGACGCCUCCAAGAAACGCCAGGAGGCUGUGAGAAAGGUUCUGGAGGAGAAGAGGAGGGCCGAGGAGGAGGAGGAGAACGGGCGGGAGAGGAGGAGGCGGAGGCAGCGGAAGCUGCAGAAGGUGAUCUUCAGGCGUGCCCAGGCCAACGACCCCCACUUGGCCCUCGCCGAGACCUGCCCGGCCAAACUUCGGGAGUUCAGGGAACAAGACCUCCAGCGCAAGAGGGAGUACCAGCAGGAGAUCAAGGAGAUCAAGGAGCGAGUGAAGGAGAGACCUCUGCUCCUGGAACAAGUGGCGCAGGUGAGCGGUGAUAGGAGCUGGUGGAGGGAAGAGGAGGAGAGCCUUCAAACGAGGAACGCCAAGACGGCAGUAGAGCGGCGUUACACGGAGGCUCUGCGUGGGUGUGGCCUGACGGACGACUUCCUGUCUAGGACAGGAAAUGGCACUCCCAAGUCCGUACACAAGACCUCUAGCGCCUCCAGAUCUAGCUGCAACUCCGACUCCCCUGUUGGCUGUCGGAAGAAGUCCCUUGAUGUCCACAGCCUGAGCUCAGACCUCGUUGGAGGAGAGACCAAACAUGGAGAGGAGGAGGAGGAAGAGGAGGAGGAGGAGGAGGAGGAGGAGUGCAAGGGAGAGCGCUUGGUAAGAAGUCACGAGGAGGACAGUGUCCAGUCGGCGGAUGAAAGCUACCACUACUCUGACGACCAGGAGAACUUCUCAGACAGUCAGGAGACCUACUCGGACGAGAGUGAGCAGGAGGAGGGGCAGCAGGAGGAACAGGGUGACAAGACAAGCCUGCAUGUCGAAAACAGCAGCACAUUAAGCAAGGCAAGCGAUGAGAACUAGAACGGAUGGGUUUCAUUUGCAGUCAAGGAAAGUGAAACUAGCUAACAUCCUGGUCACACGGUAUAGGAAAAGACCAUAAAAGUAUUACUUAGUAGCGUUGAAAGGAAAACACAUUUAAUUGCAUACAACUAUGACACGUAUACAUUUGUAUGACACCUUCCCUUCAAGGGUUAUUUGUGUUUUUGUCUCAGUUGUGGUUUAUCUUUUUCACUGUUCUGUGUUUAAUUAAUUGCAAGGAUGUAUGCUUACAUUAUUUAUUUCCUAAAUUCCCAUGGAUUUGUCAUUAUCGAGCAAGAUCUAAAAUAUAAAAAUUUUCGCUUGUGGAACGGCUUAUCAUAUAACAUAUACGUUUGAGUUUGUAUUUGACUUAAGACAUUCCCACCAUCACUUUGUAUUUAUUGUGAAAAAUGUAAACAAUAAAAAUAUAAAAUGGC